AUGGUAUAUUGCGGCAUGUGGAUCUUCCUCUUGUCCCUGUCUCACUCCUAUCAAAUCGUCACUGCAGAAGCUGAAGAAUGUCGCACUGCCAUACCUGCAGAUAUUGUGUUCCUGGUGGAUGACUCCUGGUCAGUGGGGCCAACCAGCUUCCAGCAGAUCAAAGAGUUUGUAGCAGACAUCAUCAGAGCCUUUCAUGGCAGUGUGGUUGGGUCGGAGGGCAUUCGCUUUGGAGUGACAGUCUAUGCAGACAUCCCCAGGAUGCGUAUAGCUCUGACAGAUUAUUCGACUCUGGAUGAGGUGUUGAGGGCCGUCGAGGAGGUGCCGUACGAGGGAGGCAGCAGUCGCACUGGUCUGGCAUUGGAAUUCCUUGUUGAGUCUGUCUUUAGUGCUUCUAUCAUCAGAGACAAUGCCCCAAAGAUUGCUAUUCUGAUCACUAAUGGCCAAUCGGAUGAUCCGGUUGAUGGUCCGGCUAAAGUUGUAACAGACAGUGGAAUAUCCCUGUUUGCUGUGGGGGUGAGGAAUGCCAAUCAGUCAGAGCUCAGGAAGAUCGUUACAGAACCUCAUGAGGAACAUCUGAUGCUCAGCCCAGAUUUCUCUUUCCUGGAGCUUCUGCUGCCCAAACUCUCCCGUCGCAUCUGCUUCACUGCGUCAGAACCUCCACGACCCGUCAAACAAAACCCACUAGUGGUGGAGAGGAUAGUGGGUCCUAAAGAUCUGCAGGUGAGUGAGUUGAGUUACAGUUCUCUGCAGCUGAGCUGGAGUCAGGCCACAGGAGACGUUACCGGCUACAGGCUGCUCAUCACCCCUGUGUCUCCAAAGGGCCAUCUGCUCUCGGCACAACAGAGACAGAUUGAUCUCAAGGGAGAUGUUGGCAGCACACAAGUAACCGGGUUGAGUGCCAAGACUGAGUACUCUCUCGCUUUAUAUUCCAUCUACCCUGGGCGCAUAGGAGAGUCUGCCAGUAUCAUAACAGAAACCACUCCUGUUCCACCGGUUGCCAACUUUCGUUUGAUUGAAGAAGGUCUCUUCUCUUUACGCCUGGGAUGGACAUCUCCACUUGGAAAAGUGGAUGGAUAUAAAAUCUACAUUCCAAGAUCGGGCAGACCCGGACUCAUUUAUGAGCAGAUGCUGAGGGGUGACACCUCCUCUCAUGUGAUUGACACCUUGGAAGAGGACAAAGAGUACAAUGUCAGCAUAUAUGCCAUCUACCCUGAGGGCCCAAGUGAACCUGUGUCUAUAGUCGGGAGAACUUUGAAACUUGUUUCUGUUGAGAAACUGCUGGUGCAGAACGCCACUACAGACACAGUUCAGGCGAGAUGGUCAUCUGUCAGAGGGGCUACAGGAUACAGACUCACCUGGUCAUCAUCAGAGGGACACAUAGAAAAUGUGAAUCUGGGGGACAACUUUAAUUUCUACAUGGUGCAGGGCCUACAUGCAGGCACGGAGUACACCAUCACCAUCAACCCCGUCUUUGUGGACAUUGAAGGGCCUGUUACCUCUGCCAAAGCCAAGACAUUGGAAAGUAGUGCAGUACAGACCCUACAAGCCUCUGCGUUGAGCACUAACAGUGCCGUUACCUCAUGGAACGCUGUGCCUGGAGCCACAGGAUACAGACUGGCCUGGGGUCCCACUGCAGAGUUUUUAGGGAGAGAUCGGCCCAGACAGCUGGCUCUCAAUGGUAGCACUACUGAAUAUACGCUGAAGAAUCUGGUUCAUGACACUGAGUAUGUGCUCUCUCUUUACGUGCUGUUUGGUUCUGUGGUUGGACCAGGCAUCACUGCUACAUUCAGGACAUCACCUCUAGGGUACGUCUCAAAUUUCAAGGUGACAUCAUACACCAGCUCAUCCAUUGAUGUGGAAUGGAGCCCGAUUGUAGGGGCCACGGAGUACAAACUCACCUGGAGUUCAGAAUUUGCACGUCUUCAGAGUCGUUAUCUUGACCGCAACAUUUUACGACACAGCAUUUCUGGUCUUGAGCCAAACACCCUUUAUUCCAUCAGCAUUAAUGCUCUUUACAGCAAUACAGAAGGGCCAGAAAUCACUCUCUCACAGCAAACAGCAUCCUUGACUGACUCUGAGCUAAUUGAAACAGUUCGGGAGGUAAAAGUGGUUGACAUCGGCGCCAGUUCUUUCAAACUGGCCUGGAGAAAAACACCAGGCGUUACAGGGUACAAGAUCACCUGGAGCCCCUUCCAUGGUGGUGAGAAGGAGAAUGCAGUUGUAUCUUCUUCUACCACAUCCUUCACCAUCAAUGAUCUCCCUGCCAGCUCUGCCUACAAGAUCCAGGUGUCUGCAGUGGUCAGGAGCAAAACGGGAAGCCCAGUCAUGGUGACCGCCCGCACCUUGGAUCUGCCUAAAGUGACUGGAUUUAGUGCUCUGAACACCACAGACAACAGCACGAUACUUAACUGGACCACUGUGACUGGAGCCUCUGGAUACCUGCUGUCCUGGAGACACAUAUCAGAGGUGAAGAUCUCCUCUGAGCUGCUAAGCUCGGCUUUCACCUCCUACAAGAUCCAAGAUCUCCAGUAUGGAAGAACAUACAUCUUUUCUAUCAGACCUCUUUAUGGGGAAGUGGAGGGUCCCGUAACAACCAUCACUAAAAGAAUCUUGGGUGCUCCUCGUCUCAUUCCUGUUCAGAGUGCAACACCUGCCCCUGUAUCAUCUAAUAACAACAGCAAUGAUCUUCACCUCAAGUCCACAACCAGAAACACCCACACACCAGUGGGCAAAGCACCCAGCACACCCACCAGCACUCGGAGACCUGUUGUGAGGCCUCAGAUCACAAUUGGCCAAACAGCUGCAGCACUGACCAGAAUUACCACAGCACAUGACCAAACCACCCUGUCCAUAGAGACCCCCCCACCUGGACCAGUGUGUGGCAGGGUGAAGGCAGACAUUGUUUUUCUUGUUGAUGAAUCUUGGAGCAUUGGUACUAAUAACUUUGGCAAGCUGAAGGACUUCCUCUUUAGAAUCGUCACCUAUUUCCCCACUAUAGGACUUAAAGGAACACAGAUAGCAGUGGUUCACUAUAGUGAUCAGCCCAGGAUUGAGUUCAACUUUAACGCUCACAAAGACCGGAGCUCAGUUCUGAGAGCACUCCGAGAGGUCCACUAUGGAGGAGGGAACACAAAAACAGGUCGUGGGAUCAGCUAUGUCCUCAGGGAGCUGUUUCAGGAGUCUUUAGGAAUGAGACAGGAAGUUCCUCACAUCUUAGUGCUGCUAACAGAUGGAAGGGCACAGGAUGAUGUAGAGCCGCCCUCCAGAAUUGCCCAUGCACUGGGUGUCAGUGUGCUGGCCAUUGGAAUUGCUCAUGCUGAUAUUGAGGAGCUUGAGAAGAUCGCCUCUCCCACCACUUACAAGAACAUCUUCUUCGCCAGUGACUUUGACGAUCUGCCGUCCAUCGAGAGAGAGUUUAUCAGCAGCAUCUGUAGCGAAGCAUUACAGUCAGAGUUCAAACAAGACGAUGAGUCUGCCCAACUGGACACACCUACGGGUGACCCAGAGGCUCUCACUAAACCUGAAGGGCCUUGUCCGCUUAACUGCAAGGGUCAAAAAGGGGAUAAGGGUGAUGGAUUUGGUCAUGGCGGCCUGCAUUUAAAGCAAGGCCCAGGAUAUUAUGACUCAUUCUCUCUAAAGGUCAAAGGGGAGAAAGGUGAGAGGGGUCUUCCCGGAAUUGAUGGAAUCCCGGGAUUACCAGGACGACCGGGUAGAACGGGACCCCCUGGUUCUCCUGGACAAAGGGGGUCACCUGGAACUCCUGGUGAUCUGGGACUUCCUGGUAAUACUGGACCAAAAGGGCAGAGAGGAGAGAGAGGAGAGCCAGGCUAUGUAAUGGGAGGCAUGGAGGUUCUUCCAGGGCGUAAAGGAGAACCCGGCUCCUCUGGCCACCUAGGUGCUCCAGGUGUCCCAGGGGUAUCAGGCCCUCCAGGGUUGCCUGGUCAGCCUGGACCUCAGGGGUCUCCUGGUCUCUCUGUCAAGGGUGAGCCUGGAGAACCUGGUUUUAAAGGUCCACGUGGGAGACCAGGUCCCAAAGGAGAAAAAGGGGAGCAGGGAAAUAAUGGUUUGGCAGGUUUGCCAGGGCUUGUGGGAGUAGAUGGGAUCCCAGGACUGCCUGGUCAGAAGGGGGACAAGGGAGAGGAAGGUAUUGGAAUUCAAGGUGUUCAAGGGCCGCCCGGGCCAGCUGGAGAAAAGGGUAAUACUGGACUACAAGGCCCAAAGGGUGAUUCAGGUCUUCAAGGAGUCCAGGGAAUCAUAGGCUCUCGGGGCAAAAGGGGACUAAAAGGUGAUCAAGCUGACAAGGGUGAACGUGGAGAGAUUGGGCCAAUCGGUCCUCCAGGAAUUGCAGGUUUGCCUGGAGCUGUUGGACAAAAGGGUGAUGAGGGGCAACGUGGCGCUCCCGGCGAGCCAGCUAAAGGGAUUCUUGGUCCUCUGGGGAAAAAGGGUGCCAGGGGUGACAUCGGACCAACUGGCCCACCUGGACCACAAGGGAUCAAAGGAGACCAGGGAGCUAAAGGGGAAAUGGGUAACCCUGGAUUUGGGAUCCCUGGUCAACCUGGCCCCAAAGGAGAGAGUGGAGAAAGAGGUAAUGUUGGAUUAUCAGGGAAACCAGGGCCUAAAGGCACCGAUGGAUAUAAAGGAGAGAAAGGGGACGUGGGUUUCGCUGGCAUCGGCGGAUCUCCAGGACUAAGAGGUAAAGAUGGUGUACCAGGUUUGAAAGGGGAGAUGGGACCAAGGGGAGAGUCUGGUUCGCCAGGAGAGCCUGGGGAGAGAGGUGUCAAGGGUCCGCUUGGUCUGCCGGGACGACCAGGUGACCCUGGAGGAAAAGGGGAGCUUGGGAAUUUAGGGUUACCGGGUCCAGAGGGGCACAAAGGAGAGAAGGGCGAGCCGGGAAAGCCGGGGCCACCGGCAGACUCUCAAUUUACCAUGUCAGACAACACCAUUCUCACCAGGGCUAUUAAGGGUGAGCCAGGAAAGCCGGGGCUCUCAGGACUCCGUGGGGAGACAGGACUUCCUGGGCCGCCUGGUCCUGAAGGUAAACCAGGACCUCCAGGGAAUUCACUGUUUGGAUCUGGUACUGGAAGAGAUGGUCUGGAUGGUCUACCUGGAAGGCCUGGAUCUAAGGGUGAACCAGGACAGAAAGGGGACCCAGGACCAAAAGGAGAGAAAGGAGAUUCUGGACUGGCUGGGAUUACCGGUAUGCCUGGUUUACCUGGAACACCUGGGAAGCCUGGUGUUGACGGGAAGCGUGGGAUGGCUGGAAAAGAUGGUGAACACGGACACAAGGGUGAUGAAGGGGCGAAGGGUGAAAAUGGUGAACCUGGUGUUAAUGGAAAUGAAGGUAAAAAAGGAGAGCCAGGAUCUCCAGGUUUGCCAGGUCCACCCAUUGUUCUUCAAGAGGGUAUGUCAAUGGAGGACAUAAAGACAUUUCCCAUACCAAUGGGACCCCCUGGAGUGACGGGUCCUCCUGGAAAGAAGGGAGAUAAAGGAGAGCUGGGUUUACAAGGAGAGAAGGGGGAUGCUGGCCCGCCUGGGAGAACUGUUGAAAUGAAGGACAUUGAAGCCUUAUUUGAAUCAUAUGGUGUUAAACUCUCGCUGCUUAAGGCCUUCACUGAUAGGCUACUUCAGGAUGGUAUGGAAGAGCUUCUUCAUGACAUCACCACCAACAGAAGAGUCAAAGAGGAGGGACAUGAGCCUGAUUCCAACAUUAUCACUGAAUACACUAGCUCAGAAAAGUACAGUCACCCCCCUGAGUCACCACCUGAUGUGGAUUUGAUUGAGGAAGAGUCUGAUUUGGAAGAGGGAAUGAUGCCUGAACCAAGUCCUGAGUCAGUGGUAGAAGCUGAGGUUGAUCCUACUCUUUGGAGCAUCUCUAACAACCACAGUAAGGAUGAUCAGAGCAAAAUAAAGGGAAUGCUGGCAGAGGACGAGGAAAAGAAACCUAUGAAGAACAACUUCAGUGAUGUAACACCCUCCAAAUUUAUUCAAACCAACACUUCCUCUGAAAGGCUGGGUUCCGGAAAGGCAGAGGUAGGUAUGGAAACAGUUUUACACAGUCAUGAGGAUAUGGGGAAGAAAACAUCUGGAGAUAAGAAGAAAGGCAGAGAAAAGGGAAAGGGCAAAGGAAAUAAAGGACGUCAAAAACGGCAAAGGAAGCGUUUGGAAGACCAAGACAACAUAGAAGAUGAUGUUGAGGAAACAUCAUAUAAUGAUGAAGAAUACAGCUAUGAAUAUGAGGACAAGCUGCCUACAGAAGAGCCCUUUCUGACUCGAGAGGAGAGCAGAGAGAAGCUAAAAUACUCUUCAACAACAGCUUUAUACAUGCAAGAACAUGAAGGAGAGACAGAAAUGUCCCCUUCUCCGACACAGUCUCCAGUAAAGGUUAUACAGACUACUUACACAACUACAGCGGGUCCCCUACUUUCAUCGAGAGUCACAGAACAGAAGCAGACUGAAACCACACUAUUGUCAGUACUAAAUACCACACAAACUGAAGAGGAGUCAACAUCAGGUGCUAAAUGUUUAAAAAUAGAGCAAGAAAACAAAGACCAUGAGCUUGUGGAAGACAUGUACAGGGAAAGCGAGAGGGAGAGAGAGGCCGAUGUCUAUCAUCAAAAUGAGGAUGAAAGGGAAGAGAAACAAGUGAUUGAAGAGGAGAGGGGAACUGAGGGACACUGGGAUAUGGAGGAAGAUACAGUGAUCGAGACCAGAGGGCUGAAGGGUGAAGGAGUCAUGGGGCCUUUUGGUUCACAGGCCACAAUUGGAGAUCCUGGAGAGCCAGCAGUCAACGGGAUAAAGGGCUUCAUAGGUUUCCCUGGAUGGAUAGGAAGCCCUGGACUGGAUGGAGAACAGGGGGCGACUGGUUUCCCUGGUUUCUCUGGUUUUAAGGGAUCUCCUGGUACACCACGAUCUAAUGCUCAGGGUCGGCCUGGUCCAGUUGGACCAAAAGGAGAACUAGGACCCCUGGGAGAGAAGGGGAGGAGAGGCAGAGGAAAGGUCUGCCUGGGGGCCCCUGGAAUUCCUGGCCUCAGAGGGGAACAUGGGAGCAUUAGGCGAGAAAAAGGGGAGCCAGGACUCAGUGUCGAGGAAGUGAAGGAUCUAGUGACAAAGAAGGUGGUUGAGAAGUGUGUGUGGGCUAAAGAGAUGAAGGACGAAACCACGACUGUUCAUCCUGCUGUUUCAGAGUCUGAGCCAACAUUAGCAUAUGGCAAUGUUACAACGGCCAGCACAGAGAGAAACUGA